CCUCGCCCUUGGGCCGUGAAGGGUCCUUCCAGAAAUGGGCCAAUGGGGAUCGGCCUGGUCUCUCCGCGUCACCAGUCUCCGGGCAGCCUCGCCCUGGCCUUCCCGCCCGCGGGUCAUGUGACGGGCUGAGUGACCGUUGGGAAGGCCGAGGCCUGAGCCGGGAGCGAGGGGGGAGGGGCGGGGAGGGGCGGGGCCUGCCUUCUUCCUUCCUUCCUUCCUUCCUUCCUUCCUUCCUUCCUUCCUUCCUUCCUUCCUUCCUUCCUUCCUUCUCUCCGAGCCCGAGCCUGCGGCCUCGUCCUCCGCCUCGUCAGUCCUGGUGAGUCUCGUUGCCAGGCCUCCUCCCGAGGGCCCAAGAGGAGCCAAGGCCCAAGGGAGGGAGGGAGGGAGGGAGGGAGGGAGGGAGGGGAGGCCGAGGAGGGCCCGGGCCUGGCCCACUCCCAGGCGGGCCUUCCUCUCUCGUUCUCUCCCUGGGAACACAGGCCACCACCGCUCUCUCUCUCUCUCUCUCUCUCUCUCUCAGCCAGGCCUGGGCAAGCUCCGGGCCUCCCUCCGGGGCGGGGUUUUGGACUCCAACUCCCAGAAGGCCUCCCCUCAGGCCCCGCAGGCCUCACCUUCACCUCCACCUCAAGACUGCGGAGAGAGAGAGAGAGAGAGAGAGAGAGAGAGAGAGAGAGAGAGAGAGAGAGAGAGAGAGAGAGAGAGAGAGAGAGCAAGGGACUGGGGAAGGGAGGUCAACAGACCAAGAGAAGGAAGGAAGGAAGGAAGGAAGGGCGCUCGGAAAGGGAGGGGCCCCCAGGGAUCAGCUGGCAUGGACAUUCACAACAGAGGGACAUGCAGACAAAGGGAGAACAACAACAACAACAACAACAACAACAUUUGUAUCCUGCCACCAUCUCCCCCAGAGGGGACUCGGCGUGGCUCACAGAAAGAUCCCAUACAAAACAGGAACAAUAUACAAGACAGCAAUCAACAAGAAGCCCUGCUUGACUCUCAAGCCAAAAGUGGGUGGUAGAAAUCACAUGGUACAAAAGCUGACUGGCACAACCUGGGGAUCCCAACCAGGCCCUGGAAAGACAGGCGCUUGGCUCCUCUGCUGCUGAAUUCACAGGCCCAGUGGGGAAGACAUCUCACCACGUUCAAACAGUGGACGUGGCUCUUCAUGAGACAUGCCGCACCCUCACAGGAUGUCUGCGCCCCACACCACUGGAGAAAUGAUACUGUUGAGUCCCUCUGGGGAGAGAGGGCAGUCUAGAAAUGAAAUGAGGAAAUGUGAUUUUUGGCCGAGAAUCUCAGAGUAGAGCCUGUGGAGGGAUUUCCUUCCCUUGAAAGAAAGAAGAGGAAGGAAAAGCAUCUUGGAUACGGUUGGGUUCUUCACCAGAGUGGUUCCAACAUGGAGAGACCCAACUCACGUGGGCCUGAAGCAGGACCUGGGGGCAGUGGGGAAUCCUGGGAAAGAACCAGACAUGAGUCCCUGAGUGUGGACCUUGACAGCUCGGACACACAGCGCCAGCGCUUCAGGCAGUCCUCCUACCAAGAGGGUGAAGGACCCAGAGGGGUUUGCAGUCGUCUCCACGAUCUGUGCCGCCAGUGGCUGAAGCCAGAGCAGCACACCAAGGCCGAGGUGCUGGACCUGGUGACCCUGGAGCAGUUCCUGAGCAUCCUGCCCCCAGAGAUGGGGAGCUGGGUCCGAGAGUGUGGGGCAGAGACCUGUUCCCAGGCGGUGGCUCUGGCGGAAGGCUUCCUCCUGAGUCGGGCCGAGGACAAGGAGCAGGAAGGACAGGUGAGAGCAUUCCCUCUGGGUUUCACUAACCUGGGGACUGAUGGACAGGUUAAACGUGCAUCCUGCCUUUCUUCCAAGAUGGGACCGAUGUGGGGGAUAAGCAAGGCCCUGCUCGCUCGGCCUCUUUCCCCACCUGCUCUGCCCCUCCAUCUCUACCGUCAGCUUGGUUGAUGCUCUGCUCAAGAU